UUAACUUCCUGGAGUUUAUAGCGUCAUAGGAGAUACAAAUUCUUUUUUUUUUUUUAAUGUUUGAAAUAGAUCUAGAUCGACAAUCACAAUGAGUUUCAAUGAAGAUCAUGAUCAAUAUUCUGGCAAGUCUGCCAUCUGCACACUCAUCUAGAUGAUUUAACCAGAGCUAAGUGUGACCUGGAUGUAGAGUCCAUGGUUUAGAACAAAAAAAAAAGUAACAAAUAACAAAAUGUCUACCAGUUUACUUAGUAAUCUUUCCAGAGGAUAUGGAACAUGGACAGGAGUAAUUGACAGUUAUAAAUUUCAAGAGGAAAACCUUCCAAGCAUUGAUUCUAGUCAAAUGUUACAUAGACAUGGAAUAACUCCAAGACCUCAUUCUGCCAUUUCUGCAGUAUCAGUUGCUGAUGGUGGACAUUUGGAUUUACCAAAAACAUAUUUAACACGCAAAGGUGCAUUAAUGUUAUUUACAGCUCCUGAUGAAGAGCCCAAAGAGUCCUUGAAAUAUGUUCAACCUAACAGAAAAAUAAAGAGACAUAAAAAUAUUAUUGAUCUAAGUUUAAAAUUAAAGACAUUAGAGAGACUUUCUUUAUCUAUUUUGCAGUUUGGUGAUAAGUCCUAUGAUAAGGAGUCUGCGAGCGUAAGUGAUAAAGAAAACAAUUUAUUUGUCAAUUUUCUCCAUGAUCUAAAUCAAAAAGAUGGCGAUCUACAUUCACAACCUGGUGCAGAUGUGAAAUUUUAUCUUAGAGACUUAAAACGCAGAGCUAGUUGCAGGUCUCACAGUGCCAAGGAAGCUUCAUUGUACAAAGCACGAUCUUCAGAACUACAGGAAAUUUUAGAUGAGUUAGAACAAGCUUGGCCUCACCACAAGGAACAAAGUUGUACUCCUCAUGGAGAAGAGUUCUUUCAUUCCCCCUCGCCUACGCCCAGCCUUGGCUCCACCAGGGCUCUGUCUCGACAUAGGAUCCUGUCUAGCAAAAAGUUGGCCGGCUCACUCAAAUCUGUCACUUACAUGGGAAGACCAUUUACACCUGAUGUUCUCAAAACAUCUCUUGGAAAAUAUGCAAGAUCCAAGAGUGCCACAGCUCAAGUUAGCUCCCCUGAUGAAAGCAUUAGGAGAAAACGACCACAAACAGCACAAAGCCUACAAAGGAAUGUCUCAUCCACAUCAGCAAUGGAAGUCAUUGAAGCAACAGAAUCAGCUGAUCUGAAAGAUUCACUUAACACAGACUUCAAUGACUUUGAAGAGUUGUCAAAAUCUAUACAGGAUGCUGAGUCAGUGAGCUCAGAACUAGAGAUGGAGUCAUCUGACAAUGAUUGGUAUGAAAAUACCAUCAGAGUUAGUAAGACUUUGAAAUCUACUCAAUUAGAUGAAACAGGAGAUAGAGAGAACAUGCUGGCUGAGGCUGCAACCAUUUUGUCAUCACUAGUUGAAGAUGAAGACAUUGAUGUACCUUAUGCAAGUUUUGGUGAUUAUUCUGAAGAGGAGGCAUGGUCAGGAGAUGAACAACAAGGGUCAAGAGAUCAGACUUAUCCCAGUGGAAUGCACAGUCAAAAUCAAAUGACAAUAGAAAACAGUCCAGUUAAUGGAAGACAGCCUGGCCUAGCUCACCCACUUUAUCCUCAAUACUUAAAUGUAAUGAAUGAAGCAGAAAAAGGUUCACUUGUAAUAAAUCAGAAUGAGCAUGAUGUUGAUCAUGCACUGUCCAGAGCCAGCUGGGGAACACCAUUUCCAUCUACUCGUGGCACAUCCCCUAUAGCAUAUGUCACUCAAAUACCUGUAGAGACAGAAAAUGAGCAAAGUACAUCUGUUUCUAUGAAUGAGUUAGACCUUCAAUUAAAAGAAAAACAAGAGAGAGAAACAAAAUUAGCUGCAAUGGAACUUUUACUAAAGCCUCCAGCCACUCUUCUAGAAGACACACCUUUGCCCCAGGCUGAGCCUAACACAGUCCCAACCAUUGGACCUGAAAGUAGUAAAGAUUUACCAGUACCAGACGAAAGUAUCACUGAGCCACUGGCACCCAAAAGAAGAGCCAAACCAGUGGAGAUAAAAACAGCAACGAUGGAAGAAGAAAAUAAUGAUGUGGAGGAAACGAAAGAGAUCCCGCAAUUUUCAGAGAGAGUGAUGAGAGAAAAGGAAGAGAAAGAGAGAAGAUCAGCUAAACUAAGAGAAGAGAAAGAGAAUGCAGAGAUUAAAAAGCAAGAGAAGGAGGAGAAAAUAAAACAGGAAAAAGAGGAAAAGAUCAAAGCUGCAGAAGAAAGACUGAGAAAAAAAGCAGAGGAAGCAGCAAGGAAAAAAGAAGAGACCAUCAAGGAAAAUGAAAACAAAAUGAAAGACCUAAAGGUUAAAGAACCAAGACAACCCAGUGAAAAAAAAACUGCUACAAAAGGAAAGGAAAACAAAUCUGACUGGAAGAGACAAAACAAACAAACAAAUACGAAUAAUGAAGUUAAGCAAGAUUCUGAACAAAAUAAAAUCAAGCCACCACCAGUUAGCCAACGCCCACCACAAAGACAAAAAAUAGUGGUUCAGAGACAGGAACCAGAAGUUCCAGAAUACCUGAAAGAAAUGUUUGCAAGGAAGAGUGCUCAGGAAACAGAAAGAGAAAUGGAAGAAGAAAUUUUAAAAAUGAAACUAGCAGUAAACAAUGUUUUAGGACCUAGUAUAACUGUAGUCAAUGAAUCAGAAGGUUUUACUGAAGAAGAUUUUAAAGCUGCCCAAGAAGCAUUGCAGGAAAAAAUUAAAAAAGCAGAGGAGGACAUUUUGGAAAAUGCAAGCCCAAGAAAUGAAACUAAAUUGGCAGCUAAAAGAAACAAACCUGAAAAGGUGGUACCUGUACCAAAAAAAGGCAAAAUGAAAGCUCUGGAUACCAAAAAAGAUUUGGCUAAAGAAAGAGAAGCUUUAAGAGAGCAACAAAGGCAAGAAAAGAUGAGAAGACUAGAAGAGGCAAAAGCAUUACAGCAAAAAAUUCACAUGAAAGAAGAAGCAAGAAAAGCAAAGGAGGCAGAAGCGAAACGAAAAGCAGAAGAAAUCAGGGAAAGAAUGGAGUCUAUUAGACAAGAGGAAGAAGAGUUGGAAAGGGCAGAACAGGAUGCAAGAGAACAAUUAGCCGCUGUGAGAAAAGCUCAAAGAGAGGAAAGAGAAGCACGCAGGAAAGCAGAGCUGGAACGUAAAAAACAAGAAGCUAUAGAAAAAAGGGAAAAGGAAAAGGCAAUGGCCUUAGCAGCCAGGUUGAAAGAACAAGAAAUGCUAGAGAGUAUAGCUGAUGCAGAGAUGGCUAGAAGAUUAAAAGAAGAGGAUGAAGCUAGGAGAGAAGAGGAGGAGAUGGAGGCUCAAGAAAGAUUAGAAGCAGAGUUUCUGAAUGCUCAAAAAGCUGCAGAGGAAGAGGAAGAAAGAUUAAGAGAAUUAGAGAGACAGGCUGAAGAGGAAGCUUUUCAUAGAAUUUUACUUGAGAAAGAAGAGGCAGAAGAAAGACGUUGGCAAUUAGAGGAACAGGCUCAUAAAAUGAAAGAAGAGGAGGAAAAAUUACAACAUGAAAUGCUAGAGGAAGAGAAGAGACUUGAAGAAGAAAGAAAAAAACAAGAGGAAGAAGAAGAAUGGAGAAGAGCUCAAGAAAAAGCCAGACUGAAAGAACUACAAAUGCUAGAAGAGCAGGCUAGGGAAAGACUACAAGCAGAAUUAGAGAAGAGAAGAACCUGGGCACUACAGCGACGAGACAAGAAUCUUGAAGUCAGGAAUUAUAUGGACAGAAUCAAACAAUCUCAAGGUAUCACUGAACCGUGGACAUUCUCUUAUUUUGUUAAGUGGCCGAAAGACAGUUACAUGAGACUAAUGGGAGCAGACCCUAAAAAAAUAAAAGGAAUGCAAAAACCUAAACCAAAACCAGCCAAGGAAAAUACUGCAGAGAAUGUAGAAAUAGUUGCAGCAUCAGCAGUUGAGUGAGAGAGCAGCUGUUUAGACUCCAGAAAUGAUCUUAGUCCCACAAUUAUUAUAUAUUUAAUAAUAAAUGCAAUGGCCUUGGAAGCAAGGCUGAAAGAACAAACAAUGUUACAAAAUAUUGCUUAAAAAAAUAAAUAAAAUUAAUACAAUUAAAUGAAACAUAUGUCAUAUGUAAAAAUCAAUACUAUUUGAUGAAAGAAACAAAAACUCUUCAAUUCUUAAGUGUAAAUUAAACCAUAUUAGUUUACAUAUUAAUGCAUUUUAUCCUUUGUGACUAAUAUUAUCUGAUUUAAAUUUUAACUUAUUCUAAGAAUUGUUUCAUUUCUGCUCAUCAGAAAUUUAAUUUUAUGAAAUACUGAGAAGUUGAAGAAUAUUUUUAACACAUCAUUUUAAAGAGAGAGCAGUCCUAGAUAUAUCCAGCCCUAAUAAAUACCUGGUAAAAUAAGAAAGUCAUUCUACCCUCAUAGACCAAUUAGGCUGAAGACAUGGGAGAGGGGUACUUUAACUAUUCUAUUGACUUUUAGAUCUUAUAGUAAAUAUUUUAUUUUCCUUUCAAAAUGUUAUCAGAUUUCAUUGUAAAAGAACUGUUCUUCAGCUUGUGUUUGGAAAUAACCAACUAAGAACACUUCAAUUCCCUCUAUUUUCUCCAACAAACUUCUGUUAAUUUUAGAAGUGCUUAAAGACUUGGUAUGUGUAAUUAACAGAUAGAGAGAAUAUAAAACUAAAUGUAUGGUUUUCUAGUUGUUUAAAAUUAUUUGACUUGAUUUCAACUAGAAAUUAACUUUACUAAUAUGUCACAUAAUACUGCCUAUAUUUUGAUUGUUGUAACUUAUACACAUUUGUUGAUUGUAAAACGGAACGAGAUAAUUGUUUCUUAAUAAAUAUUUAUUUUGGAUGAUAAAUUUUAAAGCAUUUAGCUUAAGGAACUUCAUUUUAUACUUUAUUUUGUCUUUCAAAUAAAAAAAUAUUUUUUUUAAUUGUGUACAUACAUUUGUUUAAUCUUAUUAUUGUUAUCUUAUUAUAUAUAUAGUAAAAUCAUUAUUGAUGUAAUAAAAAUACUAUAGUGAAACAUUUUUAAAAAGAUUAUAUCAACUCACUGUCUGUCUGGUAAAAAGUUUGUAUAUCUUAUUUCUCCCACACCCAAUCUCGGAUCAAGUUGAAAUUUUGCAUAGUUAUUUCUUGUAUCUGACUAAACAAAAAUCAAUUUAAAAAAAAUAACUUAUUAGUUAAUAAACUAUUGGUAAUUAAUUAUUUUGUUUGGUACAGAACAAGGAAAAGAAGUCAUACUUGACAGAUGUGGUGGUAUCAGUUGAAGACUUGAGCCCUAAGUGAACACUUUUUUUUAAUGUGCUCACAGUGACCCAGAUACUCCCUUCUUCCCCCCUUUCCCAACUGGUUUAGUAAUAGGAUCAUAGGGCAUUGAGAAAGUUAAAAGCACGAUAUUGGGCUAAACAAGAACAACUGGUAAAAAUAUUUCUAAUCGCACAGAUUUAUUUUUAGUCUAGAUCUAUUACAAUUUUAAUCACAUGACUGAUCCAAACUAAAUGAUAGAUUUACACGUAAUAUACGCUUUGUUGUUUUAAAAAGUUUUGUUUUUCUUGCUUUUAAUCUUUUAUCCUAGCUUGUAAAUUCCUUUGUGCCUUUUUCACAUUUUAUAUGCAAGUUUUUUAAAGUCACACUAUAUCAAGUUACUCUACAAAAUGUUUUUUUUUUUCUUACAAUUUUUCUUGUAAAAACUUGUAGUUUUUUGGUAAGUUUUUAUAUACAGUGAAUAAUAUUUUAUUUUUACAUCU